AUGCAUCUGGGUGAGAGGAGUCUUCUGCUGAAGGUGCUCCUCUGCUGGGCCAGUGUGUCCUAGAGAGGGUGGGAGACAUUAUCCAAGAUGGACUGAAGCCUGGUCAGCAUCCUGCUCUCAGACACGGUCGUCAGUGUGUCCAGCUCCUCCCCCACGACAUCACCAGCCCUCCUGAUCAGUUUGUUCAGUCCUUUGGUGUCUGCGACCUUCAUCCCACUGCCCCAGCACGUGACAGCGAAGAAGAUAGCACUGGCCACAACAGACUGAUAGAACAUCCUCAGCAUCAUCCAGCAGAUGUUAAAGGACCUCAGCCUCCUGAGGAAAAAGAGUCAACUUUGGCCCUUUUUGUAGACAGCCUCGGCUUGUCUAGUCCAGUCCAGUUUAUUGUUUAAGUACACCCCCAGGUACUUGUGCUCCUCAACAGUGUCCACAGGGACCCCCAGGACGGAAACAGGGGUCCCAGAUGAUUUCGCCCUCCUCAGAUCCACUACAAGCUCCUUCGUUUUUGUCACAUUGAGUUGCAGAUGGUUCAGCUCACUCCAAGUGACAAAGUUGUCCACAACAGUCCUGUAUUCGUCCUCAUCACCCUUUUCUAUGCAGCCAACUACUGCUGAGUCAUCAGAAAACUUCUGAAGGUGGCAGGACUCAGUGCAAUAGUUGAAGUCCGAGGUGAAGAGGGUGAAGAGGAAGGGAGAGAGGACAGUCCCCUGUGGAGCCCCAGUGUUGCUGACCACCCUGUCAGACACACAGUUCUUUAGGCGUACGUACUGUGGUCUGCCCGUCAGGUAAUCAACAAUCCAGGACACGAUGGGGGCCUCCACCUGCAUCACAGUCAUCUUCUCACCCAGUAGAUCCGGACGGAUGGUGUUGAAAGCACUGGAGAAGACAAAGAACAUGACUCUCAGGCUUGUCCAGAUGAGUGUAGACUCUGUUCAGCAGGUAGAUGAUGCUGUCCUCAACUCCCAGGCUGGGCUGGUAGGCGAACUGUAGUGGAUCAGUGAAGGGUGGGACCAUAGGCCUUAGCUGCUCCAGGCACCCGCUUCGAAUGUUAUCAUUGGAUUGAAUGGGCGUUAUCAGUGGUUAUCAGCCUCAUAGAUAUGGGUCAGUAGGGGCCUGCUGCGCCUAUACUAGUAGGCUCAGAAGGCUGUUAUCAUCCAUUCGCAUGGUUAAUCACGGAUAAAUACACGAGAAGACUCCAGAUCCAAUCCCAGAACAAUCCAGGUCGCCGCUAACCGGAAGUCUGCUGGAUAACGGCAUAUGUAUACACAGGUUGAAGAUGGCCCAGAGAGAGAGAACACAAAUUAAUGAAGAACAAAGGGAAACUUUGAAAACAUUUUUUGAGGAUGGAAUGACACGGGUUGGUUCCCCCCUCAUAUCAAGAGCUGCAUCAGAUACUGGUUUGGAAACCAGUGUCAUAGAAAACUGGAUUGGUAACUACAAGAGGUCCUUUAAAGCUUGUUCUAAGCCAGGGCCGCCAAAACAAAAACUUUACACAAGAGAGCUGUCACCGUACAAUCUUUUUUGUCGGGACAUUCUCAAAAACAAAGGCACAAUGAAUGACAUUAAGGGUAGGUGGUCCACAUUGAGGGAAGAUGUGAAGAAGCAGUAUGUUCAGGAGGCAGCAGCACUGAAGGCACAUGGGCAGUCACAGGACCUUAGCCCUGAGAUGAGGGAUCUUAAAAUAAAAGGGCAUCUGAAGAACCUGAAGUUAGAGGUGUCCAAGCUUGAGGCUCUGGGUGUGGAGACUGCCAUUUUAUCUUUUGACACUCAAAAGGCCAGCUUAGAGGUCUUUGAAACGAGUAGCAAGAAAGCCACUGUGUUCCUUGACUCAACGGACACAGUGAACAAUUUUGCACUGCAUUUCAAAGCCAGCUCCUCAGCCAGCUCCUCAGCCGCAGCACCUACUAAAGAGCCCAUCAGUGUGCUUUUGAAAAAAGUACAAGAUCUUUUCAACCAAAGAUAUAAGGAGGCCGGAGGUACUGGAAGACUCCCCUACCUAUCCAUUUUAAAUAACGAUGAUGUAACAAUCAAAGUUGCUGGGCUGCCCAUUGGACUUGACCUCAAGAAGCCCUCCUUCUACGGAAGAAACCAAUUAGAGGCCAUUUUGGCAGCUGCUGACCAAAUUUCAUUUGAAAUAAAUACAACACAAUGCAACCCCACUGACAUGGCAGAGGGAAUGUCCGAGCACAUGGACGCAGAAGACACAGCAGUUUGCAUCCAAAAGAAGUCAGUGGAACAGAUCUUUGAGGCUAUGUGUGGAAAUGGUGCACAGCAGAUGGAAGGAGAGUCCUCAGAAGCCACUAAUGUAGCCAUUGUGAUGACUGAAGAUGAAGGUAUCUGUCCAAACUGUGGUUAUAUAUAUUUAACCAGGAAGUCCAAUUGAUACUAAUAAUGCCUU